CCCAGACAACUUUCUUUCUCAACUCGCCUUGCACAGCAGUCAUCGUGCCAAAGAGGAAGGAAUAGGAGUUUUUACCCUGCUUUCUCCUCCCACUCAAAACUGAAUGGAAGGACUCUUUCGGAAUCGGAAUAGCAGGAGACACACUCGUUUAGUUUAGACAUUGAUUUAAUUUACCCGUCCGGUCAGCGACUUCUUUGUUGUGUUUUUUUAAGGAUACUCAUGCGGCGGGAAUGCCACCAUGGCCACGCCGAACAGUCUACAGCAGCAGCAGGAUUACUUCAGAAGCGUCAGCAGCGAAUCCACCACGUAUAUGAUGGUCCCGGCCACGACGGCAGCGGCAAACACGCGUCGCGAUGCCGCGCCGUCCAAGAUGUGGGUCGCUAUGGUGGUGAUUGUGGUGGUCGUUCUACAGAUUGCUUCUACUACAGGUCUGUUCGUCUACCUGAAUAUGUCGAUAUCACAGGUGCGUAGCCAGGGCGUGACAGAGGAGCUGAAGUGCCUCAGUCUGCUGAAUGCUCUGGAUAAAGACCAGGACAUCCCAGAAGACCUGGCUCAGCUGUUUGGAGAACCCUGCAUCAAGCUGGCAGAGGGCAUCAAGGCCUACAUCUCAAAGGUAACUGAGAACAUAAUCUCCAAGCAGACGUUUCAGGAAGCGAGAACGUUACCUCGCACCUUCAACACUUCCGGGUCAAAGUUUGCGACCUCUGUGACCCAGCGUCCGUCAGCCCACCUGACCCUCAGAGACAGCAGUGCUCAAGGGUCUCCUUCGUACCCCACCCCCCAGCCUGACCUCCACCAAUCAUGUCGCCACGCCAUCCAUUCCUGGGCCAAUCAGAGCUUUGGAGCCCAUCUUCACAACAUGACCUUAGCCAAUGGGAGGCUGCGUGUGCCCCAGGAUGGGCGGUACUACCUGUAUUCACAGGUGUACUUCCGCUACCCAUCCCUUAAUGAAGGGGACCAACAUACAACCAGUCACCAGCUGGUCCAGUGUGUAUACAAGAAGACGUCCUACCUGAGACCCAUCCAGCUGCUGAAGGGUGUAGGAACCAAGUGCUGGGCCCCAGACGCGGAGUACGCCCUCCACUCUGUGUACCAGGGAGGGCUGUUUGAGCUCAGGGCCGGGGAUGAACUCUUUGUCUCUGUCUCGUCCCCCUCCAUGGUCCAUGCGGAAGAUUCAUCAAGUUAUUUUGGGGCAUUCCGUCUGGACCUGUAAAGAUGGAUGGAAACGAGAGGGUGGGAAACCACCAGAAGAGGGGGGUGGGUGGGAUAAAAAGGAAAGGAGAGGGGAGGACAGGUUCAGGACACUGCCAGGGUGAGGAAUGGGGGGACGGGGGACGGGUGAAAGGAGAGGAGGAAGGGGGAACCCCCAAGGAUUUAAUCCCUACUCCCCCUGCUUCCCUGGACACUCCAAAGUGAAUUCUAAAAGUGGAUUCCAUAGGAUUCUAUAUGUGAAGGAGGGACAAAACGUCAGACAGACACUGAGGAUCAAUAGACAGAAGAAUGUAUUGGUUUAUUGAUAUAUAAAUCACAUAAUAGGAUGUGGAUCUAUGGAACAGAACAGUAGCAAGAAAAAAAGAACACAUUUGUGAUGAUGUGAUAGCCAAGCUUUGUGCCAUGUGUGCAUAGGUUACAUACUGACUGUGUAGAAUGGAAGGAGUUGAUUACAGAACGUAGAAGGAGUUCUGUUCUAUUCAUUCUAUUUGUAUGGAGUUGACCAUCUGUUCUGAGGGUUCUGACUAAGACAUGUGGCCGUUUGGGAAAUGAGAAAAAUGACUUUUAUUUUGUAUCUGUGUUGUGUACAGACCAUUUGGAGGAAGAAGAAGAGUUGAGGACUUUUAAACAUGGGAUAUAAGACUGUUUGGAAGAGGAUUCUUACUUCAGUUGUGUAUAUGACAAAAUAACUCUCUAGAAUCUGUCUCUCUAAAAUGACUCUAGAAUCUGUCUCUCUCUAAAAUGACUAGAAUCUCUCUCUAAAAUGACUGUAGAUUCUCUCUCUAAAAUGACAGUAGAUCUCUCUCUAAAAUGACUGUAGAUUCUCUCUCUAAAAUGACAGUAGAUCUCUCUCUAAAAUGACAGUAGAUCUCUCUCUAAAAUGACUGUAGAUUCUCUCUCUAAAAUGACUGUAGAUUCUCUCUCUAAAAUGACUGUAGAUUCUCUCUCUCUAAAAUGACUGUAGAUUCUCUCUCUAAAAUGACUGACUGUAGAGAUUCUCUCUCUAAAAUGACUGUAGAUUCUCUCUCUAAAAUGACUGUAGAUUCUCUCUAAAAUGACUGUAGAUUCUCUCUCUCUAAAAUGACUGUAGAUUCUCUCUAAAAUGACUGUAGAUUCUCUCUCUAAAAUG